CCGAUGCAAUAUAAAGUCACCAAUACCAUUACAGGUAUCACCAUACAUUGCCGCGAGUAUCCAGACAUAACGAAAAGAUGCGCUAUGCAUACCUGCUAGUGUUGCUGGUGACGUUUGCAGUGCUGCACGAGUCAGACGCCUGGUUUCUUAGUCGGCGAUCCUGGAGACGAUUAAAACGAUGGAGUGGACGUGCACUUUUAGGAUGGGCAGCAAAGAAAGCAGUAUUCAUGAUUUUGGCGGGAAAACGAGAUGUCUCGGAAUAUGACACCAACAAGGACGGAGUCCUCGACGUAGACGAACUGGAGAAAGUGAUGAGUACUCGAGAUGCUGAGAAUCUGUUUGAAAUUUCUGAUCAUGACGCAACAAAGAAGACCGACAUAGAUCUGGCUGAUCAGCUAUCGACAUAAAUUAUAUUAAUAAUAAUAAAAAUCAAAACGCA